AUGACGAAAAAUGUGAAACAAAAGGACGCUCCUGAAGUGUGUACCUUAAACGAUCAACAAUACCCGGUAGGUGCGACCUGGCACCCGGUACUGGCCCCGUUUGGUGCAAUGCCUUGCGCCAAUUGUACCUGUUUACCGAAUGCUAUCGUACAUUGCGUUCACUUAACACAAGAUUGUCCAGAACCGAAGUGUGAUGCACCGAAAAUUUUACCAAAUCGAUGCUGUCCUGAAUGUGAAGUGCUGACGAAGGAGAAUUCAACAAAGACGAAAAAACUCGGCUGUACCUUCUACGGUCGAAACUACGAGCAUGGGGCCAUAUUCACCUCCAACAAAACAGCACUGAAGCCAACCAGAAGCAACCAGUGUGUGACGUGCAUUUGUUCGAACGGAAGAAUUCUAUGUCACCUGAAGACGUGCGAAACUAUCAAAUGUAAGAAGACGCUAAAGCUUAAUGAUGAGUGUUGUCCCAUAUGUCCAGAUGAACCUAGUACAGUCACUCAGCGCAGCCCAACAACAGAUGAGCCUGACUUUGCUCCACACAGCUGCAUCACUGUAGAUGCCGUACACAAGAAUGGGACAACAUGGCAUCCAGUCCUUACUCCUUUUGGACCUCUUCUCUGUGUGCUCUGCACGUGUAUAAACAGUCAAACGCUUUGCAAUAAAAUUGAAUGUCCGAAAAUUUCCAAUUGCGCCCGUCCGCGAAAAGUGGAUGGACAAUGUUGUCCUGUAUGUAAGAAUAAAAUAUGUAAAGGCAAAAAAUGUUGGCGUAAUCGUAAUAAGCAGACCUCGACAUCAUUACCGAUGAUAACACAGCAACCCAGUUCCACUACAACUGAUCCGACACGAAUUUUCCACAACCUUUGCAUGCCCAAAGGCACUGACAGGAUUGUGUACAUGUCCAAUGACACUGCUUUCCUUAUGCUGGCUUUUCAUCAUGUCAAAAAGUCAAAAGUCAAUGUCCUCCGCUGGGAUGUCCCAAAAAAAGGUCGGCUCAGCAAUUUGACAGUGGAAAAUAUGAAUGCAAAAGAGUUCAGAUCCAGAACGAAAUCCACAAAUAUAUUAGGAGCAACAAAUAAAAAACGUUUUCUAAAUAAAUUCUGGAAGAAAGUCAAAAAACAGAUGAAACGGUGCCGAAAAAGUUGCCGACAGAAACGGAUUCUUAAACUAAUCAAACAGCUACGACUAAAAAAAAUUCGCUUUACAGAAAACUGUAAGGAAUGA